AUGCAUGUUGACGAUAAUAAAGCCGAAAAGGUUCUUAUUUAUGAGUACUUUAGUGACAAUUUACUUUCUUUCGUGAUGAAAAACCCGAGUUUGUCUAUUGAGGCAAGGAAGUGGAUACUACGGGAACUUGGGCAAUCGCUAAAGGAGUUUCAUGCAAAGAACUGGAUACAUAUUGAUGUUAAACCUGACAAUGUUAUGAUUGAUUAUAGCCGCGAUGAACACGGUCAGCUAAAGCCAGAAAGAGUGGUGCUGGGUGAUCUAGAUUGCUCGUUGAAGCUGAAAGGUGACAAGCUUCUACGACUUCCGGAGGGAAUCAAAUUAGGGAAUGUAAUGUGGCGCAGUCCAGAAGCGCAGACAGGACAGGGGAUUGGCAAAGCAUCCGACGUCUUUUCCUAUGGGCUUGUGUGCCUCUUCACCACCACCGGCGUCGAAACGCUGCACCCGGACUUUGAGCAGUUGAAGAGGGAUGGGGUUGAGCCUGAGCUAGAGAUCAUGGGCCGUUUGAUAUCCUUCUUUGGACCAGUCCCGGCCGGACUAGUCACCCAUGUCCAGCAUGAGGACUGGGGCAAGGUCAUGAUGGUCAUAUCGGAAUCGACCAUGGACGACGGAGGCCCUGUUGGUCCCGGGCGGUUCUCGAAAUGGGAGGAGAAUGACUACCCCAAUCUCGACUCUGAGACAAAGCGAAUGCUGUCAAGACUGACAAAUCUUGACCCGUCAAAGAGAGCCACCAUGGAAGAAAUCUUAGAGGAUCCAUGGUGGCAUGUAUAA